AUGAACCUCACUGAGGAAGUGCGUAACAAUCAUACAUAUUGCACAAACGAGUGCCGGCGUCUGGCAGAACAACACGCUUCGGUGCUCCAACAGGUCGAGGGGCAGCAGCACAAGCUCGAUAAUGAAAUUUCGCGUCUGACCCAAGACAUUGCCGUAGCAAAAGAGGGACUUGGCUCCUUGGAGAAAAAUAUACCAUCCGAAGAAGAGACGAGACGAGCAAUUCUCCAGGAAGUGAACCAGGAGUGGGAUCGUGUGACCGAAAAGAUCAAGUCUCUUGAGAAGCAGUUGGAUGAAGCUCGAACUCAGACGACAGAUAGCCUGAAAGCGCUGGAAGAGAAGAUUCAGUCUGCGAACUCGGCCGAACUCGAAAAGGUGUUGGAGCAGGUUCGUGAGAUGAAAGGAUCCCUCAGCAAUGAGAUCCAGGACGUCGCGAAUCGACUUGACGAUUUCAAGGAGACGAGCCGAAAAGAUGUCGAGGACGCGAUCGCACGGCUGGGGGAGCUUGAACGGGCCAAGGAAGAGCUCGUCGAGCGCCUGGCAUCUGAGCCAGAGUCCUUGGCACUGCGACCGAUCAAGGCUGAAUCACGCCAACCGUCUGAAGUGCCGGACGACGUUCCCCCGGCCACGGAGGAUCCGCCGCUGCCCAGUCCUGUGGACGUUAAUGAGGCUGCAAAGCAUAAUGAUGCAGAGAAGAAGAAGAAGAAGCGCAAGUUUAAUCACAGCGCCUUGAUAUCCGACGAGGCAAGCGCCACGUCCUACACUCCUUCGGUCCGGUCUUCUCCUGUUCCAGAAGAGGGAUCAUCCCAGCUGAGCCGGAGCGAGAAGAAGCACAAGAGGAAAAAGCGCAAGAAGAAGCACUGGGUGUCCGGACCACCGGCGGUGAUCACACUGGAUGAUUAG